AUGGAGAACAAGGCCAUGUACUUGAGCACGUAUGAGGAGAGGGAGAGCUCGUCCAUGUACGAGGACGCCUACGACGGACAUAAUUUGUCCAAGCUCAACCUGUGCGAUGAAGGUUCUGGAAAACGACGCAGGAAACAAGAUCAGUGUUGCGCUCAGCUCAACUCUCUCGCGGCCAUCAAGUAUGCCAUCUUGUCGCUCUACGUACUCGUGCUGCUCACCAUUUUUGGACUUUGCCUGGCAGUGUCUCGCUCCCAGGCAUGGUCGCAGCGGCAACAGGUGCUGAUGGAGAACGUCACCCAAAUGUCGGAGCGUUCCAGGCUGCUUCAGCAGACACUUGGCGAGACGCCCGAUCGGGCAGACUUACUGGAGAACAUCUGGAAGCUGGAGAACCUCUUCCAGAAUCAUAGUGACAGGCUUCAGAAACUUGAGAUUCUCAUUAAGAGUCUUGAGGUUGAGCUGAGAAACAUGCAAGCUCAUUCUCUGCAGUCUGAAGGCUACUUGGUGCAGCUAGAUGACCGUUUGUCAUCAUUCAGCAGCUCAGCCGGCAGGAACCUGACGGGCCUAACUGCCGAGGUGGCCCGCGCUUCAACCUGGCUCCGUGACCAGAAGCUGCUGCUCAGGGAGACAUCAGGUCAGGUUAGCGGUCUGAGAGACAAGUUGGAUGAGGUCAACUGGACGGUUGGGGCUGUCAAUCACACCGUCAGCAAUAAUAUCAAUAUUCACCACUUGAAAAUACAAGAUCUGCAGAUUCAGAUCAGCAACAUCACCGAAGACACCUCCAGUCUUUGGGUAACACAUGUUCACACGGAGGCACAACUGAGGAACGAGAUGGAGAUCUUGAACACCAUCACCGAGGACUUACGCCUUAAGGACUGGGAGCACUCCUUGGCCCUGAAAAACAUCAGCUUCAUUGAAGGACCUCCUGGCCCAAAAGGAGAAAAAGGUGACACGGGGCCACUCGGGCGCCCCGGAGCCCCUGGAUUAACAGGUUUAAGAGGCUUUGCCGGAGAAAAGGGAAUCCAAGGUCCUCACGGUAUCAAAGGCUCCACUGGCGACGACGGCAGUCAAGGCGAAAAAGGCGACGUCGGACCUGCCGGACCGAAAGGUAGGAAGGGGGAACGAGGAGAAAGAGGGAUGAAAGGAGAUAAGGGUGACAGAGGAGAAAAAACAGUGGAAGACAUCCUCGUGCGACUGGUGAACGGUUCAGGCCUGCACGAAGGCCGUGUGGAGGUCUUCCACGAGAAGCGCUGGGGGACGGUGUGCGAUGACGUGUGGGAUAAGAAGGAUGGCGACGUGGUGUGUAGGAUGCUGGGAUACCGAGGCGCUGCAGAAGCUCACAAGACAGGGCGUUUCGGACAAGGCACCGGUUUGAUCUGGAUGGACGACGUAGCGUGCACGGGUUUUGAAGACUCCAUCUUUGACUGCAAGUUCUCCGGUUGGGGUAAAACCAACUGCGGCCACGUGGAGGACGCCGGCGUCACGUGUCUUGUCUAG